AUGUCAGACUACAAGUUUCCAACACCUAGCAAGCAGCAGCAGCAAUCGGUCGAGGACUUGAGGUGGCCGGCUGCUACACAAUAUACUGCACUACAGUUCCUUGGACACCAACCCAGUGCCUUGGAAAGAUGGAAGUUCCAAGAUGCAGAUAGCUACGACAGUGCACAAGGGAAUUCCAUCUAUGCCGGUGAUGCGGUUCAACUGAAGGAAAUAAAUAUCGAGCAUGCUCUGGUCAGAGAAUUUAGAACCACUGUACGGUCCGUACUCGGAGACAAAUGGACAUGGAGUGAAGAGAACCCCGUCGUUCAUAUAGUCGGACGAGAGGGCGACGUUGCUGUCCAUUGUGUUUCCCAGGUCCUUUUGCCUGCCAUAUAUGUGAUUAACAAACUAUUUGCGGAAGCACGAGGCGACAAGCCGCCGAUUGCGGUCACUCUAAGGGGGCAGCUACCUAUGCCGAAUGAUCCAACCUGUACUGUGGACCAUGCCCUUGUCAUUGAUUCCCAUCAAAGAAUUGAGCCAGAUCCUACUAUAUUGGUCCUCUUCGAAGAGAAGUGCAUACCACACCAAUUCAUUCGGCAGGCACUGGGAAGCAUGGCUUCAUGGAACACCUCUCUCAAGGAUCUCAAAGAUCAGCCAAAGAAGCUACAAUCUAAAGUAGAUACGGCAAUGUAUAUGCAGUUACCACAGCUGCGCAAGUAUGUCUUCGGCGCGAAAUGCGUGUACGCUCUAGAGUCAGAUGGAGAAACAUACAUAGGCAUGGUAUGGGAUCGUCUCAACGCUUGGAAGAGCGGCAUGACAUUAGAUCAGAUGCCUGGUAUUGGCGGUCUCAUCAAUCAGAACUCACACGCACCAGGCAUGGCACAUACGGCCCGUUAUUUCUUGACGAAGAUCGAUGAUGUCGCAGUUCAGGGGCCUGUCAAAGAAUAUCUUUCGCCGCGGGAAAUGGUCGCCCUGUACUGCUACAAUGCUCUCAGAGAUCGAGGAUAUUUGUAG